ACGUCGUGACGUCACGCCACAAAACUCACGAGACGGCGUUUGCUUUAAAAUGGAGGGAGCGGAGGAGAGCGGUUUUGGAGCGGGCAGAGCGGGUGGCGUCUUCGACAUCGUGGCCUUCUUGAAGAAGCCGCUCACCAUUCUCAGGCUGCUGAGCUGGCUCUUCGCAGUGGUUGUGCUCGCCUGCAUCACCAAUGAGGGCUACGCCAACUUCGGUCAAAAAGAGCCCUCGAUCCAGUGCAUCUUCAACCUGAACGGCGACGCGUGCCGCUACGGCGUCGCCAUAGGCGUCAUCGCCUUCCUGGCGGCCACACUGCUGCUUGUGUUGGACCUGUACGUGCCAAGCAUAGUGGGCCCGCUGGACCGCAAAAACAUUCUGCGCGUCGAGGUCGUCUUCUCCGUGCUGUGGACGUUCAUGUGGUUCGUGGGCUUCUGCUUCUUGACCAAUCAGUGGUCGAAAACAUCGGAGCAAAAGAACGGCGACGCGGCGCGUGCAUCCAUCAGCUUCGCGUUCUUCUCCAUCUUCAUUUGGGGUUCCCUGACGUACAACGCCUACAAACGCUACCAGGUGUUGUCCGAUCCGUUUUCCCAAUCUUACGCGGACCCCAGCGGCACGCCAUACGCGCCCUACACGGCCGGCAGCGGUGUCGACUCGCGCGACUCCUACCAGCAGGGCCCCUUCACCGAGGCCGGCACUGCACGCGGCUACCAGGACCCGUCGUAUUAACGGGGCCCCCCAGCUGGCCGGGCCACUCCCCUUACCCAUGCCACCCUCCCUAACCCUUUAACCCCAUUUCCACUGGUACAUCUGAGCCAGGGCCCUCAAAACUGCAAAACCCUGGCCCUCACAAGACGUGCGAAUCUGCCCAAGUGCCAGCCAAGCAGGGCCCCUGGGUUGGAGGUCAUAAGUUUUGUCACACGUUGUGUUGUUCAGUACAUUGUGUGUGGGCAUUCAUGCGUUGCUUGUGACGUCGGCAGCACGGAUCAGAUUCUGAAGUGGAAAAACAAUCUGGCACCUCCUCUGAGUCUUGUCCGGCUGCCUCGGCAUGGCCCCGGCAUGUCUCGGUUGUACAGUGGAAAAGGGGUACCUGAUCCCCUAGGGUGUCGCGCCUACCUGUCAAUCCCCACCACCCCCUUUCUUCGGCUCACAACUUUAACACGGCACAGGGGAUCAUCGUCAGGUGGGUCAGACCCUCACCAGGGCACGCCUUGCUCACGCAGAAUACAGCAGCGUGGCGGUACCGUGAUGUGUGCUAACAAGUCGGCAGGUGUUGUGCCCAUGUGCAAAAUAAUUAGUUUAGUUUGGCCCUUGGUGGUUAAUGGAGCUUGGAAUGUGGCGACAUCCCUGUGAGAAUAGAGGACUGACGCUGUCCAAGAUAUAUGGGGAUCCUCAGACACUCCCAUGCCAUGAAGCUGUGGAAGGUGGUGAAGGUGCUGGUUACGUAAUCCGGGGGAUGUUUUCUCAAAAAACCGUGCCCCCCUUGAAUCUUGUUAUAUCACCUAAUACACCUCAGUCGUUGUUUUCACUAGAGCUGGACUAUCCCAUCCAAGUGUUUGAUAAAACUCCGCCGAUUAUCAGUUUGAUCUCUUGAAUCAUUGGAUAACGCAAAAUUUAGAAGCCUGCUGCAAUUUUUAGUCGAUUCGUGGACUCGCUCGGCCCAUUGUCCCCAGCUGUAGUUUACAACCUUUGCCUCGUGUCCAGCAACCCCAUCUGAGAUUUAUACAAUGUGGUGAUACACGAAAGACUGUGUAUAGUUUUCGUGAUUGUUUGCAGUAAACGUGCGAUUACUGGUUUUCAUUGUAACACGAGUCGAAACUGCGGGAUUCUUAAAAAUCUAAACACUUUAUUUUAAAAAGCCAACGACAACUCUUAAAAAAAGUUGCCCUGGCUUACAUCAUUAUUGCAAACGUGGGCUCUGGUGCCAUAGCGCGCAUGGAAUUUACAGCACAGCAGAUUAUAUGAAUUAGUGGUUGUUUAGAUACUCUUUAUACCACUAUAAGCAAUGUUAAGUCUCUUUGCCAAAUGUACUACAGGGUGGAUGAGUUUUGUGGUUUUUUUCCACUCUGUACAAAAGUAAUACUUUUGCCAGCGUGGAAGAGUAGGCCAAAUACGCACGAGAGGGGCUGUCGAGCACUCUCGAGUGGGAGGCCCUUCUGCCACCAGUGGCGUGAGCGAGCAAUUUCAAAAGAAAGUAAAACCAAAUACUGUUUACUAUAUCACUUAUGACGUAUACCACCCAGAGAUGGGAUGAAAAAUGUUCCGGGCUGGCACAAGGCAGUAUUUUGAUGUAUAAAAGAAUCCAUAAAUAUAUAUACAAUUAUACAUACUAUUUACGUGUAAUUUAGGUUUUUUUUACAAGUUACAUUAAAAUUGAGCGGAAGCAUCAGCGCUCAUGAGUGAAACGUUUCACAGUUCGGAAACUCGCCGCGAUGAUUCCUACUUCUGGCCGAGCAACAACCUCGAAAUUACAUCGUCGGUUUUCUAUACCAACCUGUCCACCAAGGGUCUAUCUCGCCGCAGCCGUGAAGACCGUUCUCUUCAGCUGUGCAAUUGAGCGAGUAUUUCCGUCGCAUUACCUAUCCGUUACUCGGUCGGACAAAACAAUUAAGCGCAAUGCCAAAUUUGUACAAAGGGGUGUUUUUUUUCUCCCCCUAUGCUGUCGUUGGCGACUUGACCAAGAUUCUCAAACUCGUUGCGCUUCGCAGUCUGGUUUAAUCGCGGGCGGAUGAAACCCGGAUGCUAACGCAGGACCUCGGCCGUGGCAGCUCUGUACACCGACAUGCACGUUACACGUCUGCCGAGCGACGCGUCCGCUUGCAGCGAUGCGACCGUCCCAACCUUCCAACCGGGGAAACCUGAAGGCCAUUUGUGUGUCAGCAGCGCGGCCACUCUUAUGGUUGUCGCAGAAUAAGCGGCCGAAUUUCGUUGCAGUGCCAUGUAUUUUUCAUGGUAAUUUUCGUUGUGUUUUUUGCCUUUUUUUUCAAGGGCUGCUGGCAAAGUUUGGUUUUCAUUUUUAUCCUCUUUUUCAACAGCAAACCUGUGCCGGUUUUUUUCAAAUCUUAAAAUAUUUUUUUUUCCUUUUGACGAUAAAAUUUUAAUUAUCAAUAAUUAUAUGCAUUUUAAUUUUGAAUGUGUUUUAUAUUUGCACUCUGUGAUUAUUGCCAAUGUCUGGUUUGCGUGUCAUCCAAACUUUGGAUUGUUUAUGCAGGUUCUGUAAACUUGGUAAGGUUGUCAUGUUCUGUAAGGUGUCACACCUGGGAACACAGUAGGUGCCACUUGGAUUGACCAAGACUUUGAGAUUUGAAAGUUUCAAAGUAGUCCACUUCACUGCACAAUCAAACCAUAGAUUGAUGAGUAGAACCUGUGUGUGCCCACGUGCCAUCUUAAAAUACGACCAGGGGCAUAACCUCACAUCUGGUGCGUGCGAAUUAUUCUCUUAAGUGCAUUUUUUUUGUUUGCUUUGUGGGUAUAAAUGUUUCUUGUGCGAGUGCACUUUAGAAUGUGCAGGCGGGCGGCGUAAGAGUUUCUUGUGUGUACAAUACGGCAGCCCGGACUCGCGUGCUAUGCAGGUGGCAUUGUGAACACCAAGAUUGAAAAGCGGAAAA